AUGCGUCGACCUGAUCGUACAUUUGAUCCAUAUGCUGAAAGUCCAGUAGAUGGUGUCAUAGCUGCAUUUUGUAGUGUACGAGUUAUAUCAGGUCAAUUUUUAUCAGAUAAAAAAAUUGGUACAUAUGUUGAAGUUGAUAUGUAUGGUUUACCAGCUGAUACAAUUCGUAAAGAAUAUCGUACUAGAACAAUUCCAGCUAAUGGACUUAAUCCAAGAUAUGAUGAAAGUGUUUUUGAAUUCCGAAAAAUUGUUCUUCCGGAUUUAGCUAUUUUACGUAUUGCUGUUUAUGAAGAAACAGGAAAACUUAUAGGACAACGUGUUUUACCAUUAGAUGGUUUACAAGCUGGUUAUAGACAUAUAUCUUUACGUACAGAAGGAAAUUUUCCUUUAUCAUUACCAACAAUAUUUUGUCAAAUUAUUCUUAAAUCUUAUGUACCUGAUGGUUUAUCUGCAUUUGUUGAUCAAUUAAAUCAACCAUUAUUAAUAAAAAAAACUGAAGAUGUUAAUUCAUCUAUUAGCAAUUCAGCGGAUGGUGGUACAACAUCAGGUAGUUCAUCUGCACGACGAGCACGUCCUAUUGAUUCCAGUUCAACUUCAACACCAUCAUUAGAUUCAAAAGCAACGACAACAUCAACUGGUGCUAGUAGUAUUUCAACUAAUACACUAUCAACGGCAGAUACAACAAGUCUUGCAUCAACAAUUAAAUCUAAAACACCAACUGAAAUAAUUAUUCCAAUAACAUUAGAAUAUCUACGUGAACAUAAAAAUUUUUGUAAAUUAAAACAUAAACAAGAUAAAGAAAUAAUAUUAAUGAAAAAAAAACAUGCUAAAGAACAAAGUGUAAUUGGUGAACAACAAUCGAAAAUAAUGAAUAAAGUUAAAACUGAAUGUGAAAAAUUAACAAGAUCACCUAUGAUAAAUAGUGGAAAUUCAAGAAAAGAUUUAAGCAAUGGCAUUAAUUCAUCUGGAGUAAAAAGUGAUCCAAAAUUAAUGGAUUUAAUUAAUGAACAAAAUGUUGAAUGGACAACACUCGUACAAAGACAAUUGAUAGAAAUGAAUACAGUACGACGACAACAUACAAAAGAACAAUGUGAUUUAUUACGUCUUUUACUUGAUGAAACACAAAAAACACAAGUAAAAGAAAUAACUGAAAGACAUUUAAAAGAAAAGAAAGAUCUUGAAUUAAAUCAAGUACGACAAAAUAUUGAAGAUAGUAAACGACUUGGUUCAGAAAAGAAUAUAAGAAAUAAAUCUGAACUUGAUCGUCGUGUACGAGAAUUAAAAUCUAAUAAUACAAAAAAAUUUCUCGAAGAACGAAAACGACAAAUGAUGAAACAAGAACGAGAAAAAGAAAAUUUAACUAAAUCACAUGAAACACAAAAAACAACUCUUCUAGCUGAAAUUGAUAAGAUGCUCGAGUACAGUCUCAAUUAUCAAGAUGAAACACCAAUGGCUCGAUUUCCAUCAUCAUCUGUAUAA